UCCGGGCUGCGCUCACGGGCUGCGCCGGAGCCUCCAGAAGGUUCCAGUGCAGCUCUCGGAUAUAAAGAUCCUCCCCGCUCCGGCGUGCACACAGAGCUCCAGAACCUUCAAGGAGACACAGAAGCGAAACAGAAGAAAAACAAGAAACACUACCUGCAAAGACGUCAAAAAUGGUCCACGAAACCGGCUACUACGACCUGCUCGGGGUCAGUCCCACCGCGUCGCCGGAUGAGAUUAAAAAGGCGUACAGAAAACUGGCUCUGAAAUAUCAUCCGGACAAGAACCCGAACGAAGGAGAAAGGUUCAAGCUGAUCUCCCAGGCUUAUGAAGUCCUGUCCGACCCAAAGAAGAGGGACCUGUACGACCAGGGAGGGGAGCAGGCGAUUAAAGAGGGCGGCAUGAACGGAGGACAGUCUCCCAUGGACAUUUUCAACAUGUUUUUCGGAGGAGGCGGACGAAUGCAGAGAGAGAGAAGAGGGAAAAAUGUAGUUCAUCAGCUCGGAGUUUCAUUGGAGGAAAUGUACAACGGUUCCACCAGAAAACUCGCGCUGCAGAAGAAUGUUAUCUGCGAAAAAUGUGAAGGUUACGGAGGAAAGAAAGGCGCCCUGGAGAAGUGCUCGUCGUGUAAAGGCAGAGGGGUGCAGGUCAAAGUGCAGCAGAUCGGUCCGGGCAUGAUUCAGCAGAUCCAGAGCAUGUGUUCAGACUGUCAGGGCCAAGGCGAGAGGUUCAGCUCCAAAGAUCGCUGCAAGAACUGCCACGGACGCAAAGUGGAACGCGUCAAGAAGAUCCUGGAGGUCCACAUCGACAAAGGUAUGAAGGACGGACAGAAGAUCACAUUCCACGGAGAGGGCGACCAGGAGCCCGGACUGGAGCCCGGAGACGUGAUCAUCGUCUUGGAUCAGAAGGACCAUCCCCUGUUCCAGAGACAAGGAGACGACCUGAUCACCAAGAUGGACAUCAAACUGGUGGAAGCUCUGUGCGGAUUCAGAAAAACUCUGACCACGCUGGACAACAGAACGCUCGUCAUCACCUCCUCGCCAGGACAAGUCAUCAAACCCAAUGACAUCAAGUGCAUCCAGAACGAGGGAAUGCCGGUUUACAGAGAUCCGUGCGACAAGGGACAGCUCUUCGUCAAUUUCUUUAUUGAAUUCCCAGAGAAAGACUGGCUCCCCGAACACCUCAUGUACCAGCUGGAGAGACUUCUGCCCCCCAGAGAAGACGUGAUGCUGACGGACGACAUGGAGGAGGUGGACCUGGAGGAGGUGGACGUCCAGGCCCAGCAGAGGAAGCAGCAGGGAGAGGCCUACGAGGAGGACGACGACGCCCCGCGAUCAGGAGUCCAGUGCCAGACCCAGUGAACCGCUCCUCCGCCCGAACUCAAAACACCCGCCAGAGUUUUGUAUUCUGCGGUUGAGGCUCGGACUCAAAAACGCAAUCGUCUGUUGUUACGUCUUUAUUUAAGUGUGUUUUUGUCAGAUUAUACUUUCUGUGAAGGUAAUUUCAUAUUUUUGUUAAUAAAACGCACAAUAUUUGCAAA